UAGUCGCGGCCACGUCCGGCUGCGCCCGGGCUCAGCCGCUUAGACGCGGCGGCCGCUGGCGGCGGGUUGGUGAGGCGGCGGCGAGCUAGAGCGCGCGCUGCAGCUCAGCUCCGGGGCGCAGACCAGCUGGGGGAAGCCAGGGAGCCCGGCUCGGGCAUCUCCGGGGUCAUGAUACACUGAAAAGAAACUCAAGGGGAAUCCGAGGGCAGCUGGAAACCAAGUUGCUGGGGCCACACAGGGGACAGGAAAGAUUAAGGAAAGUUAAUCAGAGUUUCUCCCUACACCUGCCUCGAAAUAAGAGCAUAUUUUAAUCAGAAAUUCCCCCUGUUCCACGGGUCACUAUGGAUGUGUGCAACAACGACCAGGAAAACAGAAGCACAGGAGAGGCGCAAGAUGUUGCUAUGAGGACAGAUUCACCAAAAAUGACUGAUGUGGAGUCUGUGAUCACCAAUUUUGCCUAUUCAGCAAGGACAGGUCGCCGCAAUGCUGUACCAGAGGUCCAGGGUAUAGCUGUGACUGCUGAAACUUCAGCAUUGCCUCCCAAAUUGGAGGCCCUCUCCUUGACAGAAGAUGCAAAGGAGAAAGGUGCAGGAACAACACAGGAUAAACUGGAAAAGCCCCCAAAUGAAGAAAAGUGAAGGAUCAUAACUUAUCAAAAGUGCUGAAUUUCUGCAUAUCAAAAGACUUGGUGGCUCUCCUUUCCUGAAAUAUUUGAUCUGGUAGUAACUGUGCUAACACUGCAGCCCUAAGCAACACGUGUAUAUUAGAUAAUUCUGUUGUGAUGCUACUCACUUGGAUUGCAACCAUGAUAUCUAAUGUAGGUUAUUAAACAGACAGAUUGCUUCCAAAUUGCACUAAAGAAAAAUUCUAGAAAAAGGUAUGGUCACUUAAAUGUAUGUCAUUAUCUAUAAAUCCAACAAAACCUACUCUUCUCUUGUGAAUUUACUUUACCGGAUUUUUUUUUUAAUUCCGUUUCUAUGGUAAUGGAUACAAUGUUUUUAGAAAAAAAAAUUGUACGAAACAUCAUUACUUUAAAACUUUAUGGAAUUUUUAGGAAAUCAUUUUUUGUUGUUAGAUCGAAUAACAGUCACAAAACAUAGGGAAGUGUGCUUGUUUUUAACCAAAAUGCGUCAACAUUUUUUCCAACUCUAAAAAAGAUGUAGAAAAUUAUUAAUGACUGAUAACAUAAACAUCUCUAAGGAUGAUUUUUGUUUCAUAAAUUUGAUUCAAGUCUAUGCAUACUGUGAUUUUUCAUGUGAACUUUUAAAAUGCAAAAAUCUGUGACUAACUGUUAACAUGAACCAUGCUAUUAAAUGAAUUUCACUCUUCCUCAA